ACUGUGCUGCCUCACGGUGGACUGUCAGAAACUUCACCAUUGAAGCAGAGGUUCUGGGGGAGUUCACCACGGCAACAGCUAAUAAUGGGAAUGAUGUGAAUGGCAUUAAGGAGGGAAACACUGUGACCUUCUCUAAUCUUAUCCCUGGAGAUACUUACAGUGUGUCACUCUAUUAUGAAUUGGGUCAGGAGAAACUCCCACAGUGCACAAACAAUUUAAAUUUUGUUACAGUUCCUGCAAUAGUGCCCGAUAUUAGUUGUGAUGGUGGAGACUACUCUGUGAGUCCGAAGUGGGGGAAACCAGAUGGUGUGUGGACUGGAGUGGAGGUGAAUGUGAGUGGGAAAAGCUCUGUUGUGACACCAGAAACAGAUACACUGAGAGUGGAUGGGCUGCAGCCUGCAAAGACCUACAGCAUCAGCAUCACAACUCUCUCUGGAGCCACGAGGGGAUUAACUCAAUCUUUCAGCUGUGGAACUCAAUCAACGGUGAUCUGGGUUCCAGUGCUGGUCAUCAUUCUGCUGGGCCUCCUGGUAGCAAUGGGAGUGUUUGUGCUGCGAAGAAAGCCCAAGUUGCUCAGCAAAGUACACAUGCCAAUGUAUGACAGGAAUUCAGACCCUGGUCCUUCACAAGACAAAUCGAAGGCCAUUCCAGUGAAGAAAUUUCCAGAUCAUUUCAACCACCUGAGCCGUGAUGAGAAUCGAGAGUUCUCAUUGGAAUAUUCGCAAUUCAGCACUGUAGGAGCAGACCUAACUCAACGUGAAGCAACUCUUCCAGAGAACAAGAGCAAAAACAGAUUCAUCGAUAUACUGCCAUAUGACUGUUCUCGUGUGAAGCUCAGUAUACGUGGCCAGAACUCAGACUACAUUAACGCCAACUUCAUACCCGGCUAUGGGGGCAAGAAGAUGGAGUACAUUGCGGCUCAAGGUCCACUCAGCUCCACCGUCAGUGACUUCUGGAGAAUGAUCUGGGAGCAAAAGUCUGAACGGAUUGUCAUGGUAACCAACUGUAUAGAGAAUGGAAAGGCAAAGUGCGACCAGUAUUGGCCUCAGGGUCCUUCUCCAUGUCGCCAUGGUGACCUACUCAUUACCAUGACAUCAGAGCGUAAAGAGAGCAACUGGACCAUGCGGGAAUUCAUCGUAAAACACGAGGCCAAAUCCGAGGAAAGACGGGUUAAACAUUUCCACUUCACAGCCUGGCCAGACCAUGGUGUUCCUAAGGGAACCGAGGAACUGAUCCAGUUCCGUGGACACAUUCGGCAGCAUAUUGACAGAUCUCCAUCCUCAGGGCCCACAGUUGUGCACUGCAGCUGGGCCAGCUCAAGCCAUUCCGAGUUUUAG